AUGGAAAAGACGACCAAGAGGUCACGAGAAUCCCUAACAAUGUUACUGGACACUAGAUACAACAACAGACAGAAGGAAAAGGAAAUAAAAUUAUUUGAAAAUAUCAAAACGGAUAUCAGCAUAAUCAUCAGUGAGCAGCUAAAGAAGCGAUCGAAAACAGAGUUCGAAUUGAAUAAUAUAAAAAAAAAAUUCUCCUACUUAAAAUGCAUGUCGGAAGAAUUGGAAAGACAAAUUAAGGAAGGGAACAAGGAAUUAAAAGUGGAAGAAGAAUUAAUUAAAAAUUACUUUGAAUAUACGACGACCAAUCUGAGUUAUGUUUUUAUAAAAUACGAAAAUAUUAUUAGUGAUUUGAGUGACCAGAAUGGAUACAUGAAUGUGAAGUUAAAAAAUAUCAAGGAAAAUGAAUUAACGGAAUUUGAUAGGGCGUACGAUUUGCUGGUGGAGAAAACUGGCCAACUUACCACCACGAAGGAAAACAUUUUAACUAUGCAAAAAGGAGUGGAAAGUUUGAAAAAGGAAUAUGAACGUGUUCAGGAAGAAAUAGAGAUAAAAAGGGAAGAAAAAAAUCAAGUGGAAAAUAAAUACAAGGAACUACUCUCCAGCAUAGAAGAAUAUAAAAAGGAAUUCGAUAUGAUAAAGGAAAAAUGUAACUCCCAAAUGAAUGAAAAGAAGCAGAGUUCGAUCGAUUUGAAUAAAAUUGAGGAGCAAAUAGAAGAAAUGCAAAAGGAAAUUUCAACUUUGUCCAAUGAGAGGAAGAUAAAAAAUGAUGAACUGCAAAGUUUAAAGGACGAGCACGACAUCAUUCUGAACGACCUGUAUCGAUGUAAUUCCCAUAUCAAUGACAAAUGCGACCUGCUAUCUGAGCAGAUAAAGGAGUUAGAAAAUGAAGUAACCGCCAUGGAGGUGGAGAAAAAUGAACUCAGCCAAAGUUACAACGAAUUGGAGGUAGGUCUGACUAAUGUAUCCAACUCCUGUGAAGAAAGCAAAAGAGAAAACGAGCAGGAGUCUCUCCUCAUCAAAGAAUUAAGUGAUCAACUAAUCAGGAAAAAAACCAAUUUGAAGCAAACACAGGAAGAAUUUUCACACAUUAGUGACCAAUGCAAUGCGGCCAAAAAUGAAAAUGCAAAGCUACAAGAAAAUUACGACCAUGUUAACAGAAGGAUGGAGGCGGUAGACAUAUCAAUCAAUCAAUGUCGUGCUGCGCUGCAGGGACACGAAACCGAAUUGGAACACUUAGAAAAGGUCAAAUUGGAAAAUGAAAAAAGGAAGGAAGAAAUAUUAAACCUUAUGGAAAAUUCAGAAAAGUUACUCCUUGAGCAAAAAGAUUUUUUUUUCAAAUUGUCAAAACUUUUGCAGCUAGUAAAUUUGUCCAACGAACAGCUAGCCAGUUUAAAGCGCGAGACGGAAAAUGGGCCCGAUAACAAUGAUGUGCAGAAAACCUACAAAGAAUUAAAAACACACUUAACGAAAUUGUCCACUGGUUUAUACGAAAAAAAUGAGAUGCACAACUCGCUUCAGAAAGAAAUAGACGAUACUGCUAAGAGGGUUACCGAACAGGAGGAAGAAAUUACGACUCUGCAAAAUGAACAGACUGAUUUGCAGCAUCGACUAGAGGUGAUCACCCAGGAAGUAGGGACUCUUCAUCUAGAAGUGACCAAACAAGAAGGAACCUCGGAGGCUAAAAUAAAGGAGACGAAAGAUGCCCUCACACAAAAGUAUGAUCAGUUGGUUGAGUCGAUCUCUUCCCAGAUUAAGAACAAGCAGGAUGAACAUAACAAUUUUGUUAAGCAGGGCGAACUGGAAAAACUCGAAUUCGACUUUCAGUUGUUUAACUCUGAACUGACGGCCACCCUCGAGCAGGAGUGCGAACGGAAGAGGCAGCAGAUAGCCGAGAAGGAUACGCAGCUAAAGGCAUACCAGGAGAGGUACACCUCGUUGAAGGGAAUCUGA